AGCCAAGGUUCGACCAUCGUCAUCUUGCCCAUCAUCAUCCUCACCUUCAAGUAGUAUCGGGAAAGGGUCGUUCGGCGAUGAAGAUUAGAGAUAGGGGAGCAUGAUAAUCGUUGAUGAAGAUCAGAGAUGAGUGAGAACAAUGAUCGGUGAUGAAGGCGAUGAAGAUAAGAGAUGGGUGAGAACGGUUAUCUCGACUCCCAACUCGAAAACCAUAUCCCUGAAAGUCGAUCCCCAAUUCGCCACCCUCUCUCUCCUGUAAUCCAUUCAACAUCAUCCCCAAAUCACAAUGCCUCACUAGCUCUCCUAAACCCCAAUUCGCCUCCUUCCAAUUAUGUUGCUGGGCUUAGCCGUGGUGCCACUGGAUUCACAACGCAAUCCGAUAUUGGGCCUACCCGAUUAUUCACAUCUGACCUUUUGGACGAUUUGCUGGGGCUGUCUCCGACCGUGGCAGUGGAAAGCUUGGAGAAGACAAGGAAGAGGAUGAGUUUGACGAUUUUAAGGGUAACGAUCUGGGGCUUUUUGUGUCUUCAGAAUAUGAUGAGGAUGACAAGGAUGCGGACGCAAUCUGGGAAGUGAUUGAUAAGAAGAUCGUUGAUUAGAGGAUGAUGGAAGAAAAAGAGAAGAAAGGUUGAGAACGACGAUUGGAGGGCAAAGGGUGCGACAGCCUGGAGAUUAGAUUUAGGGUUUUUGGUGUUAGAUGUACAUUAGGAGAAGUGAAACGGUGAGUAUUAGGGUAGGUAUUAAAUUUCACUUAAAAUG